AUGUCAACUCCGAAUUUAAAACGAUCACUUAGUGAAUUAUGUGAUACAAUUAGUAGAGUUUCACCAAAGAAAGAUAAGAGUUAUGGUAAGAACCAAAGAACCAGGACGAAAGGAUCAUCUACUGCUGUCAGGAUUCUGCCGCGAAACGAAAGGACAUUGCGCUCUGGUUUUUCUGUAGCUCAAUCCAAAGAUGAAGACACAAAACACCUCCAAUGGUAUGAUAGAUUCGCUCCUACACGCGUUGAGGAUCUUGCAUUACAUAAAAAGAAGCUUGAAGAAGUGAGAGAUCAGUUGGAGAGCAUGAUAUCUGGCAAAUCUCCUGAGCGCGUUCUCUUGUUAAGUGGCCCAGCCGGCUGCUCAAAAAGUACGUGUAUUAAGCUCCUAUGCGAUGACUUAGUUCCACGGUAUAGAACAGAUUCAGGAAUGACCGUCAGUGGUAGAAAGGUAGCAAAUUUUAUCGAAUACUCAUCAACGUCUGCUGAAAUAUCCCCAAUGGAAUCAUUCAAUGAUUUUUUGCUUCAAUCAAAAUACCUCGUGGGAAAUAACCUAUCUGUAUUGAUAGUUGAAGAUCUGCCGAACUUGUUUCAUGAACCAACAUUACGGCGGUUCAGAGAAAGUAUCUUGUCGUGGCUACUUGCUGAUGAGCAGCUUCCAAUAUUAGUAAUUUGCCUUACGGAAUGUCAGUUGCCAGAAUCUAACUCCAAUGGAUUUUCGUAUGGAAUAGACACUACCUUUGUAGCCGAAACGGUCCUGGGGAAAGACAUCUUAUCCCAUCCAUUAUUUCAUCGCAUUAAAUUUAAUCCUACAAAUGCAACGCUUAUGAAGCGACACUUAAAACUAAUUCUGCAGAAAGUGAGAAGGGAAAUACCUGAACAGAAAUAUGUAAAGGGUCUCGAGUAUAUCAAUAUUUUGGCGUCUACUACAGGUGAUAUUAGAUCAGGAAUUUCAGCGUUGCAAUUUUGGUGCACUUCUAGCUUUGAUGGAGAGAACACCUUAUUCACAAGACAUCGAUCUACCAGCUACUUUCAUGCUAUUGGGAAAAUUAUUUAUGGAUCUAAAGAAAGUGAAAAUGAUGUGGAAAUGACUAACGAUCUCAUUGAUGAUGGGAUGGUUUCUAAUGAAACGCUUAAACUUGGAGUUUUGGAAAACUACUCAAAAUUUAAUAAAUCAAAUUUCCCUUUAAGUUCUGCUUUGGAUAUAGUUGAAGUUUUAAGCCUGUCAGACACAUUAAAACAACUUGAUGAUGAACCGUUACAUUACAGCAUUGGAUCUGUAAGGCAGACUUUUCGAAACAUUAAGGUUUCAGAACAUGGAGUUCAUGGCCAAGCUAAUUAUCCUAGAGAAUACAAAAUGGUCCAAGAACAGAAAAAAUUCAACCUUCAAAUACAGGACUUCAAAGAGGUCGAAUUUUUCAAAUAUUUAUCUCUAUGGUCGACUAAAGACUCUAUUUUACUUGGGAGCUAUUAUGGGCCGUCGAUUCGGAAGCUGAUAUCAUUCAAGGCGAAAUCCUUGAACUAUUAUAUCAAGUCAUUACAACCUGGCACCAACGCAUAUCAAAAUGCGUUGCGUCGCUAUCAACAAUUACCUAUGAUUGAUGAAGUUGACAUUGUAGAAAGAAUUGGUGGAGAAAUGAAAUCAAUGUCGGCAACUUCAGACUUAUCAGCAGGCAUAAACGAUGCAAUGGAUGACAACGCCUUCAUUUCUAAACAUAAUAGAAGAAGACAAAAAUUACAGCAUUUGAAAGACGAACUCUUUCUUCAGAAGAAUACAUCAUCUGUCUCGAAUACCGAGGAGUUUGAACAAGACCCCAUAGUUGAUUCUGAUAACGAUAAUACGAUGGAUAUGGGAAUUGAGGACGGAGAUUCCGAGUUAUUCGAGAUACUAUCACAAAAAAAGCCAAAGCAAUUAAAAUUACCAGUAACGGGUACUGGUGGAACGCAGGGUUCUAGCAUUGAGGAUGUUAUCCUCUCAGAUUCGGAUAUAGAAAACUUAUGA